AUGCUCUGCGGAAUUAGACAUACGGCCAGGGUUGGAACACGGAGCGCGUUCACGCUUCGUAUCCGUUCGACGUGGCACAAUACUCCGCGCAGAUGUUUUGCUCAUCCAUCUACCGAUGAUGCUGGCUUGUUCAGGUCGGCGGUCCAGGAUGGAGCCCGUGGCCAGCAAGAUGAUUCCGGCGAAUCUUCCAGGAAUGGUGUCUUCAUGGGCCUGGUCGAGUCGCGUAAACCGCAAAAUACCACCAUGGAGGAGCUAUUGACUAGGAUUCAGCCACGGCCAGUGGGACGAGCAACGCAGCGGAACGACACCAAUUCGUUGUUGACAGUCUUCGUGACUCCUGCUUUUGCCCAACAUGCGCUGGAUCCCAACCUUCCUCUCCAUGUCAUGCAGCGAUUCAACGAACGACGCGUGGUAUCAAAGUCUCUCGAUGCUGUCGUUGCUGUGGUCGACCGCUUGCCAGCUCCCAAUGGCGCCACCGCUGGUUCCGAGGGUCUAGCAUAUGCCUUUGUGUCAAAUCCUCUCGAGUCACUGUCGAUCUCGUCCCAAGUACCAUUACAAAUGUCCGCGCAGAAGCCCGGCUCAAUCAGCUUUGGUCUACCACGCUCAUCGAAAUCAUCAGAUUCAGCCACGGUCCACCUACCCCUUGCGCAGACUACCUUCUCCAAUGGCCUACCUUCGACUCUGAUACACACUCACUACGAUUUCGAUGCUACCAGCGGAUCGCUUCACCGGUCCGCCUCGAAGCGGCUGGAGUCGCAAAUGCUCUCAAUUCCAUUCGACAACGCAACGGCCUACACGGUCUAUGACAUGCCUUUUAUUCCACUCACGCCAGUCCGCAGAAUCAUGAGCUCGAUGGGUAACAUCAUUCGAAAGCUGUCACCGCACUCCUUUACCCAAGAUCAACAUCUGAGAUUGGAUCCGAACUACGUCCCGGAGCCGUCUUCCUUUCUUUCGGCCUCGCAAGAACUCGAAACUGCAGUCUCCGAUUAUUUCAAGCUUCUUGGCAUUGCUCCAGCCGCCGUCCAGGUUUGGGCUCUUAUCCUACCUGACAGAGCAAGAGAGACUGCAGUGGAUCUCCCCGCUUCACUGCUUGAUCUCGACAGACGAGUGCUGGAAGCUCUAUGGGCCGAUUCAAUCUGGCAGGGCCGCUGGAAUAUGCGAGGUCUUCAUGUACUCCAGAAAGGCUGUCGCCUGGCUAGGGUUCUGUCUGGAGGCGGAGGCUGGGGAAAGAAAGCCGGUCUUCUCAGUCUUGACCCAGACACAGGAUAUAGCACGCGAGACUUGCGUAGCGAUCAAGGGUGGCAAUUCACCUUUGAAGACGAAUACACCGACGACACUGUCGCCGACCAGCAACGACAGGCUCUUGGCGAGAUUGUUAAACCUGGUGAAAAUGUCAUGUUCUUCCUGGCACCCAAGGAACCGAACACCCCRUUAAUUGAAGACACCCGUUACGCGGCUGAUUCCGAUCGGGCUAUGACAUUUGGUGUCAUCCCCUCGAGUAUCGACGAUCUUCCCGAAAGCGCAACGCCUGGCAUUGAACCUCGAGACGACGCUCCUCAUACUGACCUCCACCACCAUGAUACCUUUGGCAUGCUUUCAGAAGGUGGCAUGGCUGUCAAUCUGACGAGCGAGCAGAAUGGCGCAUCACAAACCAAAAUCGAUGUGCCCUUCGGCAAUCUCACGAUCCGAGGAGGCAAUGUCAAAGGCACUGGUUUAGGCCAAUAUCUUCGAGGGCUGACGGGGAAUUCCCUACCCAACGCCAGAAAUAAGACUGUACCAGUGACGGCAUCUGGCGAUGAUAUAUCGGAAACGGAACGGUGA